AAUGAGCCACCACUUGCUUAUUAUCGAUUUCCAAUUAUCGGGCAUACAUGGAGUUAUUUAACGAACUGCGAAAAAUUAAUUUUAGAAUCUCGAGAAAAGUAUGGAGAGACAUUUUCUUUAUAUGUAUACGGUCAAAUAAUAACCGUAGUCGGAAAGGAAACAACUUACGAAGUAUUAACAAAAGAUCAAGAGUUUGAUUUUAAGGAAGCCGCCAACUUGCAAUUACCGGCAAAUCAUAUACUUAAGAAUGUCCCCGAUAUAAAUAAAAACCAUAGAUUAAUAAGGGACUUUAUCACCGGGAAAUUAAAAUAUCUUUUAAGUAGAUUACAAAAAAACAUUGUUGAGGCCAUAGAUAUUUAUAUUGGUGAUUGUGCUGAACCGAGGAUUAUUCAUGACCCAUUUAAAAUUAUAUCAGAUAUUAUAGCAAUUCCAAUUGCUAAUAUUAUUGUUGGUGAAGAUUGUUGCUAUCAUGAAGAUUUAUUGGAAACUUUUAAAAGCUUAACGUCUUCAAUUUUUAAAAUUUUCUCUAUACCACCAAUAUUAUCCUUUAUACAUCCCUGGUUACAUCAGCAAUUUGUCACAAUUCCUUUAAGGUUUGGUUGGAGUCCGAUUUCAAAACAUAGAAAAGUAAUUAUCAGUCGUAUUAAGCCGGUCAUCGAAAAACGUCUCAAUGAUAAAAAGAGAUUAGGGGAUGCUUGGGUUGCUCCAUUAGAUGCAUUACAAUGUUACUUAGAUGAUCCCGUAAUAACUCCUGAUCUCGAUCCAAAUAAUGUAAAUUAUGCUUAUAUUGCCGAUGCGAUAGCUGAUUUUAUUUUUGCUGCUUUAGGAACUACAACUUUUGGUGCUAAUCUCACUUUAUUUGAAUUAAUAGAAAGAAAACAACAAUAUUGGCAAGAUUUAUAUCAAGAGGCUCAAGAAAUUAAUAAACAGUGUAAUGGAUGUGAGCUUACAUCUAAUGAUAUCGCCAAAAUGGUGAAGUUAGAUAGUUUUAUUAAAGAAUCUUUAAGAAUUUUUAAAGGUCCACUUAGUUUGCCACAUAUUUGUAUUUCUAAGCCUUAUUAUACGUUUGCGAAUGGAUGUCAAGUCCCAAAUGGUCGCAUAGUCUAUCUAAACGUUGUUGACACACAUCAUGAUGAAGAACUUCAAGGUCAAAAUCCUAAAGAAUUCUACGCGUAUC